AUGCAUAUGGAAGGCGAUGUGGUCCUGGGUGGGCUGUUUGAGAUCCACUUCUCAUCCGUUUUCUCUGAACUUUCCUUCACCUCAGAGCCAAAGCAACCAAGAUGCCAAGAGUAAGAUCCAGGCAGAAAACUGUGUUAAUUAUUCUACUCUUAUAAGAGUUGUAGAGAGAGGAGGGAACAUGUCUGAACUCUUACUAAGUCUGUCAUGAUCUUGGGUCAUUUUGAGGCUUUAAAAUACUCACUUUAUUGUAGAUAUUCUGCCAGUGUAGUCAAAUUAUCUGAGUUUUUUUAGAGAUGAUGUUUAAUAAACACAGAUCUGUCUUAUAUGUGUAUCUCUAUCUAGUUAUCAUAGUGAAAUAAUGUUGGGGUUUUUUGUCAUUAAUGAUGCCAUUCUGUGUCAGUUUUGAUAUUCUAGGAUUCAGACAUGCUCAUACCAUGGCUUUUGCUAUUAAUGAGAUCAACAGGAACCCCAAUCUGCUCUCCAACGUGACUCUGGGAUAUAGUCUGUAUGACAACUGUGGCACACUUGGAAAUGCAUUUCGUGCAUCUCUGUCACUGGCAAGCGGUCGAGAGGAGCAGUUUUUGUUUGAUGAGACCUGUGCAGGGUCUACCCCAGUCCUGGGGAUUGUGGGUGAUUCAUAUUCUACAUUUACAAUUGCAACCUCUGAUGUUAUCGGUUUGUACAGAUUGCCCAUUGUAAGUUUUUUCUCUUCAAUCCUUUUCAAAUUGCAACUGUUUGAGAUGUUAUGUGCUCUAUUUAUAUUACAUUGUAGAUUUGCCCAUGACACUGUUUUAUUUACAAACCUGUGAGAAAAUGACUUCAAUAUGUUCACACAUUUGUUUCUCACAGGUGAGUUACUUUGCCACAUGUCCUUGCCUGAGCAAUCGACAACGCUUCCCAUCUUUCUUUAGAACAAUCCCGAGUGAUACUUUCCAGGUAUACAAACGCAGCAAAAAAACAGCUAUAGCUCUUUUGACCUUCAUCCUGAAUAAAAUAGGUUAGAUCUUCUUGUGUGGAGGCUUUAUUUGUAUUCAGGCGAUCAAAGUUUGAUAAUACAAAAGAUAAACUUGUUUCUAUUAUACAUAUUUGUUGCAGAAUUUUUAUAUUUGUAAUUUUUUCCAAAUACAAAGGUGCGUGCUAUGAUCCAGAUUCUAAACCACUUCAGCUGGACUUGGGUGGGUCUUCUGGUCAGUGACGAUGACUAUGGGCUCCAUGCUGCCCGAUCCUUCCAGUCUGACUUGGCUCAGUCUAGAGGAGGCUGUCUGGCUUACACAGAGAUUUUGCCUUGGGCAAAUGACCAAACUGAACUUGAAAAGAUUGUAGACUUGAUAAAGAAGUCCACAGCCCGUGUGGUCAUUGUAUUUGCACAUGAGACUCACAUGAUUCACCUCAUGAGGGAGGUAAGAAAAAACUCCAAAACUACCUGCUGACUUUUGACAGUCAUAUUUAACAUUUAUUGUGAGUAUUAUAUAGGAUGGAGCUUUUUUUUCCUAGAUUUUAGGCCGACACCUCCCCCUCACACCAGCUUCAGGCAUUAAGAAUUACAAAAUUUAAAUUGUGAGUCUUGCCACUAAUAGUUUAGUGUUUUUGAAAAUCCUCAAAAAGACAUGAAUAAGGUUUUCAGUUUAUUUUAUGAAUGUAAAAUAUAAAAAAAAUUUCAUUGGAACUUUAAAGUUGAUUCAUUCUUUUGACUUUCUAAACUUGACCUGUAAACUCUUUAAUGUGAAUUUUGGAACGGACAGGUAGUCAAACAAAACGUGACUGGCCUGCAGUGGAUGGCAAGUGAAGCCUGGACAGCAUCUACUGUGCUCCACACCCCGCAAUUCAUGCCGUUCCUGGGUGGCACUCUGGGCAUUGCCAUCCGGCGAGGAGAAAUACCAGGACUUAAGGAAUUCCUCCUACAGAUACGUCCUGAUCAAAACUACGACAGCAGCUAUGGAAACAGCUUAGUAGGGCACCUUUUUCUUUACCUAAUUAAAUUUCCCAUCGAUUUUAUUAUUCGGAUUGUUUUCUUUCUUUCUUUCCUCAGGUGGUACAGUUUUGGGAGCACACAUUUCAGUGCAAAUUUACACCUCCUGCAGCAGGUUGGUUAGAGACUGAGGGAGUGCUGUGCACUGGGCAGGAAGACCUGCGAAGGGUGGGGACUGAGUUCUUAGAUGUUUCUAAUCUCAGGCCUGAGUACAAUGUUUACAAAGCUGUGUACGCUCUAGCGCAUGCCCUGAAUGACAUGCUGCACUGUUUGCCUGGGAGAGGGCCUUUCAGUGGGCAGAGUUGUGCAAGUUUGAAGAGACUAGAGCCAUGGCAGGUGUGAGAUCAUUUCACUGUUUUGAAAAGCUUCAUUCACUGAAGACUAUUUGCCAUCGUGAUCAUAUUCAAACUGCUGUACUUACAGUGUUUUAUCUCAUCCAUUCAGCUUUUACAUUAUUUACAAAAGGUCAACUUCACCACAUCAUUUGGAGAUCAAGUGUCCUUUGAUGAGAACGGUGAUGCCUUGCCUGUAUAUGAUAUCAUGAACUGGCUGUGGCUCCCUGAUGGAAGAACUAAAGUUCAAACUGUGGGUGAGGUGAAGAGGUCAGACUCAAACAGUGAAGAGCUGAAACUUGAUGAAGACAAAAUCUUCUGGAACUUUGCAUUGAAAGAGGUUAUUUUCUCUUAUUAGAAACAUUUUACUUUGUCCAUUGGAAAUCUUUACUGUCCGGUUAAAUAAAAGUGCUGAGUUUUCUCCCUGCAGCCACCUAAGUCAGUGUGCAGUGAGAGCUGCCCUCCAGGUACCCGUGUGGCAAGAAAGAAGGGGAAACCUCACUGCUGUUUUGACUGUAUACCAUGUUCUGAUGGAAAGAUCAGCAAUAAAACUGGUAGGUCUUUAUUUUAGUGACGAUUAUAGGGAACAAUCUAAGUAUUUAUGUUAGCAUACCCCUUUUUCUCCCAGACUCCAUGGAGUGCACCAGCUGUCCUGAGGACUUUUGGUCUAACAUCAGGCAUGACCACUGUGUUCCCAAGAAAACAGAGUUCCUCUUUUUUCAGGAGCCUUUGGGAAUCUGCCUGACAACCACAUCCCUGCUUGGCACAUUUCUUUGUACUUUUGUUUUGGGAAUCUUCACCUAUCACCGCAGCACACCCAUGGUACGGGCCAACAAUUCAGAGCUGAGCUUCCUGCUCCUGGUGGCACUAAAACUUUGUUUCCUCUGCUCACUGCUGUUUAUUGGUCGGCCCAGACUGUGGACAUGCCAGCUGAGACAUGCUGCGUUUGGGAUCAGCUUUGUUCUUUGUGUCUCAUGUAUUCUGGUCAAAACCAUGGUUGUCAUUGCUGUGUUCAAGGCCUCCAAACCAGGAGGUGGAGCUGUUCUCAAGUGGUUUGGUGCCAUGCAGCAGAGAGGAACAGUUCUGCUUCUUACUUCCAUCCAGGCAGUAAUCUGCAUUGCAUGGCUCGUCUUGUCUUCACCAGCUCCUCAUAAAAACACUCAAUAUCAUACUGACAAGAUAGUUUAUGAAUGCAUAGUUGGGUCCACUGUUGGCUUUGCAGUCUUACUCGGCUAUAUUGGCCUUUUAGCGACCCUCAGCUUCUUGUUAGCAUUUUUUGCAAGAAAUCUACCUGAUAACUUCAAUGAGGCCAAACUCAUCACUUUCAGCAUGCUGAUCUUCUGUGCUGUGUGGGUGGCCUUUGUUCCUGCUUAUGUCAACUCUCCAGGGAAAUAUGCCGAUGCUGUGGAGGUAUUUGCCAUCCUGGCCUCCAGUUUUGGUCUCUUGGUGGCACUGUUUGGACCUAAAUGUUACAUAAUCCUGCUGAGACCAGAGAGGAACACAAAGAAAGCAAUCAUGGGCCGAGGACAGUGA